UUACAUCCAAAGAUCAACUGAACCUAGAACAUAGAUACAGAGACACUUGUCAUCAGGAAGGUGCUCCCUCAGCGCAACGGAAAAUAUCUCAAUGACUUGAUAUGUUCUGGUUGUGAAUUCAGGCUACAAGGGGUCAGUUCUCUAAAAUGAGUCUCUCUGGAGCAAGAAAGAAGGGGGGCCCUGCCUCCAAAAUGAGACUCUCUAGGGAACAUGACACCAAAGCUAAGAGUCCAAUCAGGCAGGAGAGACCAGCCUCCCCUGUUCCCAGCUGUGUGUCCAUGAAGAGUGACCGGUCUAUGAAUCAUCCUAUAGAGUUUAGAGAGGGAGACUUUUCUACUGAACAAAGGCACAAGGACAACGUAGCACGUCCUGUGAACACGUCAGGGUUCCAUAGCCGGAGGCAGACCAGCAGAAACUGGAUCAGCAGCACAACAAGUCCAAUCAAGCAGGAGAGACCAGCCUCCCCUGUUCCCAGCUGUGUGUCCAUGAAGAGUGACCAGUCUAUGGAUCAUCCUAUACUGUUUAGAAAGGGAGACUUUUCUACUGAACAAAGAAACCAACAGGAGAGAUCAGAGUCUUCCCAGAGUCAUCAAACAGACCUGGCCUCCUUAUUCAGUAUGCUUGAAGAGAAUAUUAUGACAUUUGUGAAGAACGAGCUGAAGAUGUUCAAGAGGAUUCUUAGUCCAGAACUCCCAGAAGGCUUUGAGAGUCAGAAGCAGGAUAAGGAAGUGGUGGAUGCUGAAGAUGAGCAGCAGGAGAGCAGUGCCAGAGAGGGGGCUCUGAAGAUCACACUGCACAUCCUGAGGAAAAUGAACCAGAAGGAGCUUGCUGACACACUGGAGAAAUAUGAGCUUGCUGUGAUUUGCCAACGUGAACUCAAAUCUAAUCUAAAGAAGAAGUUUCAAUGUGUAUUUGAGGGGAUCGCUAAACAAGGAAACCCAACACUUCUCAAUAAGAUCUACACAGAGCUCUACAUCACAGAGGGUGGAACAGGAGAGGUCAAUAAUGAACAUGAGCUGAGACAGAUUGAGACCACAACCAGGAAACAAGCAAGACCAGAGACUGCAAUCAAAUGUAACGACAUCUUCAAACCCUUAACUGGACAAGACAAACCGAUCAGAACUGUGCUGACAAAGGGAGUCGCUGGCAUUGGAAAAACAGUCUCUGUGCAGAAGUUCAUUCUGGACUGGGCUGAAGGAAAAGCAAAUCAGGAUGUCCAAUUUGUAUUUUCAUUCCCUUUUCGGGAGCUGAAUUUGAUGAAAGAGGACAAACACACUUUCAUUGAACUUCUUAAUCACUUCUCAAUGGAAACCAAACAAUCAGGAAUCUCCAUCUACAACAAGUACAAAGUUCUGUUCAUCUUUGAUGGUCUGGAUGAGUGCCGACUGCCCCUAGACUUCCAGAAGAACAAGAUCUGUUGGGACGUCACAGAGUCAACCUCAGUGGAUGUUCUGCUGACAAAUCUCAUCAAGGGAAAUCUGCUUCCCUCUGCUCUCCUCUGGAUAACUACCCGACCUGCAGCAGCCAAUAAGAUCCCUUCAGGGUGUGUUGACCAGGUGACAGAGGUACGAGGGUUCAAUGACCCACAGAAGGAGGAGUACUUCAGGAAGAGAUUCAGUGAUGAGGACCUGGCCAGCAGAAUCAUCUCACACAUAAAGACAUCAAGGAGCCUCCACAUCAUGUGCCACAUUCCAGUCUUCUGUUGGAUUUCUGCAACAGUCCUUGAACACAUGCUGAAACAUAAGAGAGAAGAGAUGCCCAAGACUCUGACUGAGAUGUACACACACCUUGUGGUGUUUCAUACCAAACAGAAGAAUGAAAAGUAUCUUGGGAAAGAAGAGACAGGUCCACACUGGAAUAAAGAGAGCAUUCUGUCACUGGGAAAACUGGCUUUUCAACAGCUUGUGAAGGGCAAUCUGAUUUUCUAUGAAGAAGACCUGAAAGAGUCUGGCAUUGAUGUUAAUGAAGCCUCAGUGUACUCAGGAUUGUGCACACAGCUCUUUAAAGAGGAAUGUGUGCUGUACCACGACAAGGUGUACUGCUUUGUUCAUCUGAGCAUUCAGGAGUUUCUGGCUGCUGUAUAUGUGUUCCUCUCAUUCAUCAACAACAAUCAGAAUCUAAUGGACAAACUGCAAACAAAAGAUGAGUCUUCAAAGCCUAAAGUUACUGAAGUUACUUUCUACACGAGUGCUGUGGAUAAAGCCUUACAAAGUGAGACGGGAAACCUGGACCUUUUCCUCCGCUUCCUUCUGGGCCUCUCACUGGAGUCCAAUCAGAAGCACUUACGAGGUCUACUGACAAAGACAAGAAGCAGCUCACAGAGCCAUGAAGAAACAGUCAAGUACAUCAAGGAGAAGAUCAGGGAGAAUCCCUCUCCAGAGAGGAGCAUCAAUCUGUUCCACUGUCUGAAUGAACUGAAUGACCAUUCUCUAGUGGAGGAGAUCCAAAGAUACCUGAGAUCAGGAAGUCUCUCAGAAGCCAACCUGUCACCUGCACAGUGGUCAGCUCUGGUCUUUGUGUUGCUGACUUCAGAAAAGGAGCUGGAUGUGUUUGACCUGAAGAAAUACUCCAGAUCAGAGGAAGGUCUUCUGAGGCUGCUGCCAGUGGUCAAAGCCUCCAGAGCUGCUCUGCUGUCAGGCUGCCUAGUCACAGAGGAAGGCUGUGCUUCUCUGGUCUCAGCUCUGGAGUCAAACCCCUCACACCUGAGAGAGCUGGAUCUGAGUAACAAUAACCUGAAGGAUUCAGGAGUGGAGCUGCUCUCUGCUGGACUGGGGAAUCCCCACUGUAAACUGGAGACUCUGAGACUCGCUGGCUGUAAACUCACAGACACAUCCUGUGAAGUGUUGGCCUCAGUUCUCAGUUCAAACCCCUCACACCUGAGAGAGCUGGAUCUGAGUAACAAUGACCUGAAGGAUUCAGGAGUGGAGCUGCUCUCUGCUGGACUGGGGAAUCCCCACUGUAAACUGGAGACUCUGAGACUCACUGUCUGUAAACUCACAGACACAUCCUGUGAAGUGUUGGCCUCAGUUCUCAGUUCAAACCCCUCACACCUGAGAGAGCUGGACCUGAGUAACAACGACCUGAAGGAUUCAGGAGUGAAGCUGCUCUCUGCUGGACUGGGGAAUCCCCACUGUAAACUGGAGACUCUGAGACUCACUGGCUGUAAACUCACAGACACAUCCUGUAAAGUGUUGGCCUCAGUUCUCAGUUCAAACCCCUCACACCUGAGAGAGCUGGAUCUGAGUAACAAUGACCUGAAGGAUUCAGGAGUGAAGCUGCUCUCUGAUGGACUGGGGAAUCCCCACUGUAGCAAUACUUUGAUCAUUUGUCAUUUUUUAUGA